GAUACGAUACCCAGGGACACUGGAUGAGCACCUGGCGUCCCCGCCUAUUGUCAGGGGUCCUGACCUGCCUCGCAUGCAUUGUUGACCGGACCGGCAAGCCCUCCAUCGUCUUCGACUGCAUCUACCACUCGUCCCUCAAGUCGCGCGCACUCAAGGACCCGGCCUUCAAGACCUUUCUCAUCGAACUCGCCUUCCAGCGCAUCGAAGCGUCGUACGCCGUCCCCCUCGCCCGCCAGAUCGGGACGCCCAACAUCAAGGCGAAGGGCACCCUAGCCCCGCGCACGGUGCAGAUCCCCGCGUCCCUCUUUCCGGCGGGCCACCCCGCGCGCGCCGAGGCCAAAUCAAAGAAGAAGCUCGUCGAGGUCCUCGAGGCUCCGCCGGAGAGCGCUCCCGCAAAACCCAAGGGGAUACUGAAGAAGGGCGGCGGUACUGCUGACGCCCCAGUGCAGAAGGACGCGGAGAGCGCCGUGCGGGCGCCCCCACCGAUAGCCAAGAGCCCGGAGCUGUCGUGGUCAAGAAACGCACUCACAGAUGGCCUGCAGAUCAUCCUCGCCGUGCCCGAGCUGACCCACUCGCACAUCCCCACUGCGACGCUCGACGUCGAGCCGCGCCGCCUGCUCCUCUCCAUCCCGCCGCUCUACGCGCUAGACCUCGACCUCGACCUCUCCGACACGCAAAUCCGGGACGUUCCCCGGCUGUCAUCGCCCUCCGUCGAUCAGGCCCUCAUGCUGAAACGCCAACGCGACCUGGACGUCGGGAACGCGCGUGCAGAGUGGCGCGUCGCAGAGGGCCGCCUCAUUGUUCAUGUCUGACAUGACGUGAAUAAGGUGUACCCGCGGCCGAUGCGGACUCGGAGAUGGUUUGAUAUUGUCCUUGACAGCAACGUGAAGGUCUCCAUGGGAGUUCGAACCAUGAAAGUAAGGUUGCGAAUAGCGUCCAUUCUCCCCACUUCUAUCAGAGUCGUCUAGGAGCAAACGCAAAUUCUCCGGAUUGUAGACCACUCGGCGGACGUUCUCACUCUGGCGCGAAGAAGCGAUGGGCGUAGAUAGCUAUAAGAUAACGUAUGUAGUGUAAGAGCACGAUAGAAUACAAGGCGCUGGGAUGGGCUUCUACAGCAAAUAGGAACAGGAAGAGUG